AUGAAACACCUCGUUGCUCUCUCCGGCCUCUUGUCUCUUGCAUGGGCGCAGUGGAUUCCUGAGGUCCCCAUUGAGACCCGCACCCUUGACGAGAUCUACGAAGCGGCCAAGAAGGAACCUGGUCCUCUGAUUGUCUCGUCGGGAGGAGAUGCCGGCAAUCAGAAUGACGAAACCAUUCGGGCGUUCCAGAAACGCUUUCCAGAAAUCCAGGUAAACUGGACGGUCGACCUCUCCAAGUAUCAUGACAGCCGAAUUGAUCGGCAGUUCUACACGGGGAAGGAGACUACCGACGUGGUCAUCCUGCAGACCCUCCAUGAUUUCCCCCGCUGGAAGGAACAGAAUCGUCUCCUCUACUACAAACCGGCCAUGUGGAAUGACAUCUAUGCUUCAGAGCGCGACCCGCACGGUGCCUAUCUUCCAAUUGCUGAGUAUGGCUUUGGCGACAUUGCCUGGGAUACGGCGAAGCUCGAUGAAUCGGCCAUUCCAGAGGACUAUGCAUCCUUCACCGAUCCCAAAUGGCGCGGAAGGCUGGUUCUCGCUUGGCCCAAUGACGACGAUGCCGUCCUCUAUCUGUUCAGCAAGAUCAUCACCCGGUACGGCUUCGAAUGGCUUCAUGCUCUCAACGACAAUGAUGUCCAGUGGGUCCGGGGUACCUACACGCCUGCUGCAGUGAUCCAGAAUGCCCACAAUGAUACCAAGAACCUUCGCUCUGUCACUUUCACCACCGGUGAUGCCAUCGGUGGCUGGUGGGGAUCCAAGGUUCCUUCCAAGGACGAAGCCAUGUCUUGGUCUCAGACAGGAGCAAUCCUGGCCAGCACGAAAAAGCCCGAAACCUCCAAGCUCCUUCUGAGCUUCCUGGUCAGUGAUGAAUGGCAGAAGGCACAAGCUGACGCCGGCAGCUACGUUCCCCGGGUGAGCCUGGACAGGGGCCGGCUGUACCAGCAAAACAACAGCGAGGUCGGUGGAUUCCGCGUCUGGGUCAACCAGCGCAAUGUCGUCGACUGGUGGAAGAAUCAGCUGGAAACCUCUUUGGGUACUCCCCAGGGGCCCAGUCCUUUGGAUGUCUAUCCCCGUGUUUAA